GCUUUGCAUUUUAAGCACAAGGCUGCGCUACGCAGCGGCACGUCGAUUAGCGAUUUGAAUCCGCGAAACAAGUGCCAAGACCAAAUUUGCCAGCAAACGCGUCGUAAGAGCGCGCCCUGGGAGCAAAUUUGCUCUUUUGAACUGAAAGACCAAGAGCUGCUGCGCGAAUCGAUGGAGGCCCUGGUCAACUCCCUCGACACCGCCGCGCUGUCGCGCGAGCAGCUCGAGGCCGAGGUGACCAGGCUGCGGUCCGAGAACGGCCAGCUGCGGAUGGACACCGACGAUCCCUUCCAGCUCCUGCGCGAUUUACCAGAAGACGAACCGCGGCCGUCGCCAUCGAAAUUUAAUAGAGGCAAGGCCAGCGCGUCCGGCGAGCGGCGCGCGAGCACCGCGCGCCGCGAGCCCCUCGGACCGCCACCGCCGCGCCGCGGCACGCUCGACAUCACGAAGUUCUUCGCCCCCGACGAGGCGGCGCGCUACCGCCGGUGCGCCGACAAGGGCGCCGCCGAGGCCGCCGUGCGAGCGGCUCGAGCCGCGGAGAAGGAACGCGCGAAGCCGCCCGACGUCAUCGGGGAGUGGGCGGCGCGCCACCCCAGCAGCGGUGAGAUCGCCCAAUUAGGUGGAGAGAUGGUCGCGGCCGUUAGCCGAGGCACGACGUCAUUACCCCUGGACCAGCUCGUGCAGAUGGGCUUUGAGCGAGGAGCGGCGGCCGCAACUUUAGUUGCUUGUAGUAAUGAUGUGGCCCAGGCCGCUACUCUGUUGACUGAGGCUUCUGAAAUGGCACGUAUAAAAAGGGAGGAGCAUCUGCGGCGCGAUAAGACGUGGCGCAAGCGUGGGCAGUACGAAGCCAAACAGGCGGGCCUCGACCACAAGGGCCCGCAGCAUGUCGCUGCUCUCGCAUUAACACAGCCGACGAUCCCUCUGGCAUUGCUGGAGGCGCCGUCCGUGGACUGCGUCUGGGACUUUAUUGAACAGACGAAUCAGGAGUACGACCGGCUGCACGAGGCUUAUGAGCGGCAGUUCUGGGGCGAGCGCAUGGCUCUGUCGUCGUCAGACUACUCUCCUGAGAAUGAGUCUGCUUCAAAGGAGGCCCUGGAGGCCUUCUUACGAGAUUCUGAUCGAUUAGCGAAGUGCCAUUCACUAAAAGAGGGCCUGUUCACGACGGAGAGACAGAAAAGAAUACUAGACGGCUUCGUGCGCGUCUUUGAUGCUUACCAGAUGGACCCGGCCGCUGUGAGCAUGAGAAGCGACUGCGUGCCUCUGGAACGGGCGCUCACGGAGGCCCGCAAAGCAUUAAUACUUUCGGUCGACGGCCCGAAGUCGGCGCCGCAACUACGGACUCUGUUAAGGACGUCUGCCGAUGAGAACACGAGGGAACGGGCCUGGAAGGAACUGCGGAAGGUCGGGCCCUGUAUUGCGGACGGAUUGUGCGCGUUAGUAAAAAGACGCAAUGCGAUGGCGCGCGCGCUCGGCUUCGAAGAUUUUUACGACUACAAGGUCUCAAAAACUGAAGGCUUCGGGAAAAAGAAAUUGUUCGGCAUGUUGGACGCGUUGAGAGACGGCACCACUACUCUCAAUGAUCGAGCUAGAGCGUCACUAUCCGAAGAUGAUAGGAAGCCGUGGAACGUUUCGCGAGCAACUUCUGGAGACGAGGCGCAACUAGACGCCUACUUCCCCUUCGGCAAGGCGCUGGAGGCCUGGGGGCGUUCCUUCGCCCAGAUGGGUAUUCGGUAUAGGGGGAGUACGAUGACCCUAGAUCUACUAGAAAGACAAAACAAGUACAGUAAUGGCUUCUGCCACUGGCCUCGCUGUGCUUACGUGCGACGCGACCAUUCGUUACGACCCUCGUCCACGAACUUCACGUCGUUGUGUGAUCCUCUGCAGACCGGCUCCGGUAGAGUAGCGUUGAAGACGCGCGUGCCGGUGUGGAAAUCAACCAGUGAGUCAGGUUGUCUUCGCGUCGACGGCGUCUGAGCGUCGUCGAGCCCUCCACGCCAUCGACGCGACGUGUUUCCCACUUCUCGCUGAGUGAGAGCGGUCGCGUCUCGCGAUCUCGGCACCGCGGCCAUGUUUUCGGCUCAAACGCGGACACGACCGCCGAGCGAUGCACGCAAACCCCGAGAGACCCCGAGCUGAAGCUUGAACUCACGCAGGCUCAUGCACGAGGCCGGCCACGCCGCGCACUUCGCGAACGUCGCGCAGGAGUCUCCUUUAUUUGCGCAGGAACGAGCACCAACAUCAAUAGCCUACGCCGAAACCCAAGCCAUGUUCCUGGAUUCUCUUGUGAGUGACGCGUCGUGGCGGUGUCGAUACGCCCUCAAUGCGAGUGGUGAGCGCUUACCCUUUGCGUUGCACGAGGCCGAUCUACGCUCAAGGCACCCGUACCAAGUGUUUCAGCUGCGAGCGUUGCUGGCGGUACCCUACUUCGAGAAGGCGCUCUACGAGCACGCUGAUUUGACGCCGGAAUCCAUCAUAGCAUUGGCCGAUCAGGUCGAGCAUGACAUCGUCGGCGGCUUGGCCCCGCGACCGCUCCUCAGCGUGCCGCACAUUCUGAGGGAUGAGUCGUCGUGUUAUUACCACGGUUAUGUAUUGGCCGAGAUGGCCGUGCAGCAAACGCGAAGACACUUUGGGAGUAGUAUCGUGGACAACCCGUCGGUCGGCGAAGCGCUCACGCAAGCUUAUUGGAGGCCCGGCAACACGGCGGACUUUUUUGAGUUAGUAGAGAAAUUGACGCAUGAACCGUUAUCUGGUAAUGCGUGGAUUAGCUCAUUGAAUAGGGACGUGGAUGAAUUAGUGGCGAGCGAGCGCCGAGCGUACGAUGACGCUAUCGUCACAAGAGAGGACGUCGACCUAGAUAUGAGGAUUCGGAUUGUGGACGGCGAUGAUGUCAUAGCGGACUCGGACGAGUGCGGUUCAUUUCUAGCGACGUGUCGAGUCUUCGAGGCGUACCUCGAGAAAAGGUAUGGCGAUGGUAUGGAUAGAGGUCAUGUUAUGAAGGAGACAAUUGUACAAAGAGAGGAAGUCCCUGUGGAAGAGCCGCGCCGCAAACGAAGUGCAGCAAUAGCGUGGGGCCUCGACAGGCCCGACAAGGCGUCGGUCAUCAUCACGAAGGUUGGGUAUGACAUGGUCGAGUCCUUUCAUAUCGAAAUGACGGAAGGCGACACGCUCGAGCAAGGUGGAAGGAUCAAGGGUGAGACCGUUUCAAGUGUAAAGCCGUUCCGGGCGUAUAAGCGACCGAAGCCGACGGAUCGGACGGAGUGGACGCGCUGGAAUAAUGAUCAGGAACUUCUGAUCGGGCGGGGCGAGGACACCCAACCGGAGGAGUGGCGCUUUAAGUUUGCCUGGCGCGGGUGCGACUUUGUGGUGGCGGGGCCGUCCUGUCUCGAUCGAAGGAGGAAGAAGUUUCAAGAGGACAGUGAGAAGAAGCGGCUGAGGGCAUUGCCGAAACGCAUCAGAACGCUGGGCGACGCCGCUACCGACGCGUUUCUCAACGGCGAUAUGCAACGGGCCGCGGACUUGAGGACCGUCCGGUCUUCACUGGUCGAGGAACAUGCUUCCCUGAAGGAGAAGCACCCCUCCGACAAGCUCCUCAAAAAACUGAAAGCAAUAAAUGCGCGCAUCGACAUGGUCUCGAAACCGAUUGGGGGCGCCGUCAAGGGUGGGUACGGGGAUCAGGCCCGUUUUUGUGGAAGAUCUCUCUUACCGUUGUUCGACGAACGGGACAAGCUCGAGGGCCAGCUCGCGGAGCGCCUCGGGUUAAAAAGAAAGAUCCCGGAACUUCGCGACCGAAGUGGACUCGAGGCGAAAAUGGCGUCGGACGGCUGGACGACGGAGGAAUCGAUGAGGGAAGAUAAUGGGCGCGUCGACCGCUUCUACCUGUCGCCGAGCGGCGGCAAGAAGCUGCGGUCGAUCCUGGAGGUCGCGCGCCACGCCUACCCGGAAUUUCUCGUGGAGCCGGUCAAGAGCGACGAGGGCGGCCCGGCCCUCUGGCACGGCCGCGCGGGCCCCGUCGUGCCUUUGGCUGCGCCGGCGGUGCCCCAGGGCGGCCGCGUGCGCAAGCAGCCGCGGCUCCAGACGGGGCCGGCGCCCGCCCAACUGCGCCUCGCGACGCGCCAGGGCGGCGUCGCCCUGGGGCCGGCCACGGCCCUGCCGGCGUGGCGCGAGGCGGGCCUGCUGCGGACGGCUUCUGGGUAUAACCCGCUCGUCCGCCUGCCCAAGAGCGUGCUGCCGAAGAGCCUCUUCCCUUCCGUAGAACUGCCUCCAUCAAAGUGGCGGCCGGGCAUGCGCGUCGUCGUUCCCGCGCGGGCCUUCGGCGAGGAGUGGGCUUUGGAAAACCCGGGCGACUACCCCGGGACGAUCGUGGAGCUCGACGAGGAGUGCGCCGCGGGGCGGACGUGGCUCGUCGACUACGAGGACGGGCCGACCUCGACGGACGAGGCCUUCUUCGUCGAGGCGCCGUCGCCGAUGGAGGAGGACGAGGCCUCCGAGGCGCCGGCCGCGCCGCCGGACCCCGCGUACCAGGACCUCCCGCUCUGCCGCGACGAGGGGGAGGCGCUGCUGCGCGGCGCGCUCCAGGAUUUGAUGGAAUUGUAAUG